AUGGCGUCAGAUGGCAACCAGCCAAACGGCCCCGACCGUGCGGCGAUCGACCGCGCGAACGACGAGGAAUUACGCGCCAACAUGCAAAGCUUUAAGGCUGACACUCGCACAUGGAGGCCGAAGAAUACGCAGUUGGCCUACGAGUCAAAGCAGAAGGAGUUCACGCUUUGCAUGUUGGCGCGUAAUUCCUCGUCGUUCGCGCGGUCGAUCGCCGCACGGUCGGGGCCGUUUGGCUGGUUGCCAUCUGACGCCAUGUUGAAAUGUUGGUGGGUACCAAUUUCUACACAGGAUAAGCGCGUGAAUGGUGAUGCAAAGACUCGUCCACGUGAUUCGCUCUUGAAAAGGGGCGUCGGCCGGACAACGGAUGACCGAUCGUCUGAGUGA